AUGGCUACUAUAGAGAUGGUACCAAUACGACCGCACCCGGGCAGGACAGAGUCCGAAAUGCAGUUGACAGCGCGUGAUCCUGAGGAUACCUCCAGAUCAGACGUGAACGCCUUCGAGGACGUACCGCCUAAUGGAGGCUAUGGCUGGGUCUGCACAGUAUGUUCCUUCAUGAUCAUCACCCACACGUGGGGGGUGACCGGCGCCUGGGGCGUCAUUCUAUCCCACUAUACCUCCCACGCCACCUUCCCCGGUGCAAGUCGGAUCGAAUACGCCUUCAUCGGCGGGUUGAUCAUUUCAGUAGCCCUUCUCAUCGGACCAAUCGUCUCCAUGUCCCAGAAGGUGCUCGGUACCCGGAUCACUCUGUUAAUAGGCACAGCAUUUGAAUUCGUUGGUUUAUUCGGAGCCGCUUAUGCUACUGAGAUCUGGCACCUGUUUCUCACGCAGGGGAUGUGUUGCGGACUGGGAAUUGGCUUUCUCUACAUCACGACCAUAUCUGCACUUCCAGCGUGGUUCUCUACUCGACGGAGCUUGGCUCUGGGACUCGCUGGCUCGGGCGCUGGUAUUGGAGGUAUAGUGUACAACCUUGCUUCUGGCCAUGCUAUUGAGACCGUUGGCGUGCAGAUGACGUAUAAAAUCCUAGCUUUCUGUGCAUUAGGAGCAAACCUCGUCUCGUCAUUGCUGAUGAAGAGCCGCGACAAGCCUCAAAUCACCCGAAAGGAGAGAACACUCGAUUGCCGCGAUCUCGCCCGUCCUGAAAUCCUGCUCAUGAUGCUUUGGGGCAUAGCCACUGAAUUCGGAUACAUCGCAUUGUGGUAUUCGCUUCCCAGUUACGCUGUAUCCAUUGGCCUCAGUGCACAACAGGGAGCUGUUGCCGGUGCGAUCUUGAACUUGGGAUUGACGAUUGGUCGGCCCAUCGUCGGCUACGUCAGUGAUGUGUUUGGGCGGAUUACUGUUUCCACAAUCGUCACGGCUGUGUGCGGCUUGCUUUGUCUUGCGAUUUGGAUUCCUGCAAAUUCAUACGCGGUACUUUUGCUAUUUGCGCUUACCGCGGGAUCCGUUUGUGGGAAUUUCUGGGGGACCAUUACGCCCGUGGUGGCUGAGGUGGUUGGACUGAAUCGAUUGUCAACGACGUUUACCCUGAUUUGCUUGGUUUUGGUGAUUCCGACUACCUUUGCUGAGCCCAUUGCGCUUGGGCUUGUGAAGGGUUCUAGUUAUCUCCAUACACAGGUAUUUGUUGGGUGCAUGUUCUUCCUUGCUUCUUUUGGUCUGUGGAUGCUUCGGUCUCUGAAGCUCUAUGAGGUGGAGAAGAAGGCCGCAGAUGAGCGACAGGAGCUUACGAAUUAUGGUGCAUCUACUUUCCCGGGAUUUGUCCAUUGGAUUGGACUGCGAAAGAUGUUCAUCUACGCUCGAGUCUAG